CAGAGACAUUGUGAAAGGAAUUGAUAAUAUUCAGAAUUUUACUUUUGAUAAAAAAGAUCGAUACGGACGAUUGGAUUAUGGCCAGUAAUGAAACAACAAAUAGUGAUACGGAAGAAAGUACAGAAGAAGAAAUAGAACCAAAGUUUAAAUAUCAGCGCAUCGCUCACGAUUUAAAAGAUAUUCUUAAUAAGGAUGUGGUUACCGCUUGUGCGGUGCACCCGAAAUUUUUGAUAUUUGGCACAUUUCUGGGACGUGUCUACCUUUUAGAUCAUGAAGGAAACUCCGUGGAUUCUCAUUUGAAUUGUAAUGAUCAAAACUUUGCUCACACUGUAGCGGUAAAUGAAGUGGAUAUUGAUGCUAAAGGUGAAUGUAUAGCGACUUGUUCGGAUGAUGGCAGGGUUCAUAUAAUUGGUUUAUUUAGCAAUGACAAUAAUCAAACUUUGACAUUUGGGCGGUCUAUACGUUCAGUGGUACUAGAUCCAGAUCCAAAAGCUAACGAGGGUAGGCGCUUUAUAGUAGGGGAUGAAAAACUAACUCUAUUUGAAAAGAAUUUCUUAAAAAAGCUCAAAUCCAAUGUUUUAUCUGCUGCUGAGGGCCACGUUAUAUCGGUAUGUUGGAAUGGACCUUUUAUCGCUUGGGCGAGUUGUUUAGGAGUACGCGUUUACGAUUUGAUUGAGAAGUGUUCUUUGGGUCUUAUGAAGUGGGAGGAGCCAACUAAUGCUCGUUUGGAAAAUUUUCGCUGCAAUUUUCGAUGGGCAAAUUCUAAUACUCUCUUAGUGGGAUGGGUAGAUACAAUACGCAUUUGCGUCAUACGUAGGCGAAAUUCAGUAGAAGCGACCUUAAAAGCUUUACCUGGCUUUAUAGUUGAUCCCAUCUCUACAUUCCAAACAAAUUUCUACGUUAGUGGUUUGGCUUCUCUAACCUCAAAUCAGCUGGUCGUUUUGGGCUAUCCAAAGGAAAAAGAUUCUGAACGUAAUGCUUUGCGUCCUUUACUAUCCGUCUUAGAAUAUAAGCUUAAUAGCAGUGAGGAAGUUUGUACAGACAGUUUAUCAUUAAGAGGUUACAAGGAAUACAUGGUUAAUGAUUACAUUUUGGGCUGUUUGAAUGAAGAAAACCGCUAUUAUAUUGUGGCACCAAAAGAUAUAGUUGUAGCUACAUUAUUCGAUAUAGAAGAUCGCGUCCAAUGGUUAAUUGAACACCGCAAGUUCGAAGAAGCCAUGGAACUUAUGCCGUCGCACGGCGGUAAUGUAUUACCAGUUGCAAGACUCUAUAUCAAUCAUUUAAUUAAUCAAAAGGAAUAUGAAGCGGCAGCGAAAAUCUGCCUUCGAGUGUUAGGCAAUAAUAAAAACCUAUGGGAAGAGGAAGUGUUUAAGUUUGUGAAACCUCAACAAUUAAGAGCUGUUAGCGCUUAUUUACCCACAACAGAUGAUUGUAAAUUGGAUCCUCAUGUUUAUGAGAUGGUAUUAUAUGAAUACUUGAAACAUGAUGUCAAAGGUUUUUUAAAAUUGAUCAAGGAAUGGCCUUCACAUUUAUAUGAUUGCUCAGCGGUUAUCAAUGCAAUACAUGACCACUUCAAUAAAGAAAAUAUGAAUGAGUUACUAGAGUCACUCGCUAUGUUAUAUUCCUACCAAAAAAGUUAUGAAAGUGCUUUGCUUAUGUAUUUAAAGUUGCAGAAUACGGCGGUUUUUGAUCUGAUUAGGCGUUAUGAUCUCUACAGUGUUAUACAUAAAAUGAUCAUUCCUUUAAUUCAAUUAGAUCGUGAGCGUGCCUUUCAAAUACUACUGGAUAAACGUAGAGUACCUCCAGAAAUUGUGGUACAACAGCUGGAACAAAAUCAAGAAUAUUUAUAUUGGUAUUUAGAUGCUUUAGAUAAGAUGGAUAGUCGCGGUACAUUCCACUGGAGAUUAGUAGAGUUAUAUGCUGAAUACGAACCGACCAAAUUAUUGCCUUUUCUAAAACGAUCCAAACAUUAUCCUAUACAAGAAGCGUUGGAUAUUUGUAGGAGUAAAUUAUUCUAUCCGGAAAUGGUUUACCUGUUGGGUCAAAUGGGCAACAUAGUGGAAGCUUUAAACAUUAUUAUUCAUAAACUACAAAAUAUUGAAAUGGGAAUUGACUUCUGCAAAGAGCAUGAUGAUUCAGACUUGUGGAAUUUACUUAUCGUUGAAUCCAUAGAAAAUCCAGAAAUUUUAACCAAACUUUUGGAUGGCAUAAUAGGUUACGUAAAUCCUGCAGGUUUGGUAGAUAAAAUCAAAUCUGGCCAGAAAAUACCCGGUCUAAGGAAAUCGUUGACAAAAAUGUUAUGUGACUAUCGGUUACAGGUAGACGAACUACAAAUUGUUAAUAAUAUCCAAUUGGCUGACUAUUUUUCAAUGCAUGCUGAGGUCGUGCGCGAACAAAACCGUGGUCUCGCUGUUAGUUAUCACAACGUCUGCGCCACUUGCGAACGCAGCGUUAUUAAAAAGGAUGUUGUCCCAUCUUGUGGCAUUAUGGUUUUCAGUUGCGGUCAUGUAUACCAUGAGCCCUGCGUGCCAGGCCGACAUAAAAAUGAACAUUGUAACGUUUGUAAUUCGGAGGAUGAAGAUAAUUUAGACUAGUAAAAUAAUAACAUAGGAAUAUUUACGUCUUUCACAUUAUAGACAUAUUUCUGUAUCUCUGUAUCUUGUUUAUAUGAAAUUCGUUAAAUUUAAUUUUUUUGAAUUUGGAGUAUUUAUUUUACUAUUUAAUUAAGUCUUUA